AUGGCAGUGCGCAUGCGCCUACUGAGCGAUCGUAACUCCGAGACCACCAGCACCGCCCUCGUGGUCCUCACGCCCGCGCCCAUGGUACGGCGAACUCCCGCAUCAUCGAGGCACCCUGCCACGGAGGAAUCUACAAUGGUGUCGCCAAACCGCAAGAGACGUUCUAACGAGGCCGCGCAGUCGUCAGCCACGAAACGUCGCCAAUCGAAGAAAGACCCGCUGUCGCCAGGGGUUUGGUUGAACGUGGCAGUGCGUGUGCGCCAACUGAGCGUUCGUGACUUUCAGACAACAAGCAUCGUCCGCGUGCUGGACGACAGGUGCCAUGUGCUCGACCCCAAGGCCAAUGCGGAGUCUUUACGGAUAUUUACGGACCACAAUAUUCAAGACGGGGGUAACGUCAAGGCCAAUAAAAACCAAACGAUCACGUUUGAUGAGUUCUUGGAUGAAAGAAAAGAGAAUGUGUACGUGUUUGAGAAGACCACCGGGGCCAUGCUGACGAUGCUCCUUGAAGGGUGCAAUUCCUCUAUUUUCGCGUGCAGUUCGACUGGCGCCGACAAAGCUUUCGCUUUACUGGGCUCCAAGGAAUUCCACGGAAUGGUCUCCCUCAUCCCCAGCGAGUUUUACCAGCGCGUGGACAAGCUGCGGUCAGAGGGCCAGACAUGCGACGUAGCAGUCGCCUGUCUGGAAGUCUACAACAAGGUUGUUCAAGACCUGCUUUGCCUCGACCCGGCCAAGGGCAUUGCCAUAUUGAACCUCACCAUACACAAGGUGAAGGAGGCCGGCACCCUCCUCGAGCUGCUCUUGAAAGGAAACAAGAACCGGUCUCAGCAUGCCACCCGCGCUAAUGCUGAGUCUUCUUGGUCGCAAGCCAUCUUCGAGAGCUACGUCACAUUAACGGAGACUGCGACAAGUACGAGGAAGGAAACUCGCAUCUGGAUGUGCUAUGCUGACCUUGCCGGCUGGGAACAUGCAGCUGCGGCCAGUAGGGACACAAAGGAUCGGAUGCGCAACGGUACCAAGCUCAACCUGUCACUCCUGGCCCUCGGCAACUACAUCGACCCCCGCUCGAAGAAGGGGACGAAGCACGUGCCGUACCAGGACUCCAAGCUCACCCACAUCCUCAAGGACUCGCUGGGUGGCUCGGGCAACGUCCUUGUGAUUGGGACAGCGACGGCGUUGAAGCUCAACUGCACGCCAACGUACAGCUCUCCCAUCGAGAAGUACAAGCACAGGGUCGAACGCCUUCAGCGUAAGCUCGAGAAGAUGGAAUUGAGGAAGGCUGUAGUUGAGGAUGAGGUGCGAGAGCGAAAAGACUGUCUGAUCGCCGAGACGCCCUGCUGCACGCUCAGUCAACCAGAGGGGGGCGGGGGGCAGUGGUCCAGCGACGUCUAA